GACGUCCUGCCAGGAGCUGUCACUUGCCGCAGACGUGUGUCAAAAACGGCGAAAGGGAUAUCUUUUGGUUCAUUCGCUGCAAUCAAAGUAGACUUGGUGCGCAUUUGGAGCGGGCAUCGUCACGCAAUUCCCCCUGAGAUUGAAUUGUGCCAAGAAAAUUGAAGCUGAAGGUAGGAAAAUAGCACAUUUUUGUGCGUUCCAAGCGCAGCAACAUCCAGAGCACGAACCGGCACAAAUCAGCACCCGCAGCACCUAACCUGCCAAUAGUUUUACAUAUUCCCUGUUCUAGUUUUAACUCACUUGUGCUUAUUGCUAGCUGAGACUGUAGAUUCUGUUUUCUGGCUGAACGCGCGUGGGAACACUAUCGGCGAUCUUGCGUACGGCCGUCCGGUGCUCAGACCGCCGGUGCGCGUGUUUGUUUACGUGCGCCCGUAUCGCAUCGAUCGGCAAUAGGCGGAGCAGGUUAAUGACUGCAGCUAGCGACCGGAGCUGUAUUAUUGACGGUUCCACCGGAAUGGGGAUGUUUACCAACAAGGAAACGUUGCACCUGAUCGAGUGUGUGCGAAGGAAACCGAAGCUGUGGCAUCGACAGUACCUGCGCAAACGAGUAUCGUCCUGCGUGGCCGAAUGGGAUGAUAUCCAGCAGAACGAAUUUCCCGGGUACACGGUUCCUCAACUGAAGGUGCGCUGGAAAACGAUGCGCGAUUGCUUCCGGCGUGAAUCGAAGCGGCUCGAGUCGGGUGACCUUACCGCGAGCCGCUGGCCCCUGUACGACCAUAUGAAGUUUCUGGAUGGACACUUUCGGCUUAACGUUCGGCACAGGGUAUCAACGGCGUUUGCCAGGCGGAAUGUUACAUUGACCGCGUCGAAAGAACCGAUUAAGGCUAGCAUUAAGAGGGAAGAAGUCGCUCAACACGUUCCGUCACCAACCUGCACCGAGCAGGGAAGCGAAAUGUUAGACGAACACAGCGGUAGAUUAAUCGUUGUCGAAGCGGAGGAUGCGCCGCCGGUUGGCAUUAGUGAGGUGACCUACUGUAACAAGUUUCGGUCACGUCUUCGCUCCGAUCCCAUCUCCCCGGAGGGUGGUGGCGAGGGGUGGAACGCACACGGGCAUGACACUACCGACAGCCAGUUUUUGAUGAGCUUGGUACCGUUUCUGAGCGUGUUACCGAUGGAUAAAAAUUUGGAAAUUCGUCUCAAGGUGUUGCAGCUGAUAGCACAUGCGACGCAAAGCUUGAAUGGCUCGGAAAGGAAGUAGGAAGAAGAUUGUAAACGACCCGAAUUUAAACGGAAUUAUUUUACUAUAUUAGUGCAACGAGUUGUACGCAGUUGGGUGGUAGAAACAUGUGGG